AUGGACUGGGGUUUCCUGCUGCCGAGAGGCGAACUUGUUGGUAAAAUUCCUCUUGAAAAUUUACUGGUAACGAACGACUUGUCGAAGUGGACAAAAGAUUAUUUGCGUGUAAAGAGCGACUCUGAACAGUUAAGCUUACAUUUCGCCACGCAAUUAUUCUCACUUACGACCGCAAAGGUGCUAAGGCGUUACGAAACUGAAGAAUCGACUGCGCUGGCCAAUCUGAUUGAAAUUGUCGUCGCUUGGUACGACAUAAUGAAUUCCAAUCUCGGCACGCAAUCGACGGCCUAUACUCAAUCGAAUGAACAGUUGAGGAAAUUGGAGGAAAUGUAUAAGAUGAUUCGUUCGAUGCGAUGCAUCGGUAAACCAAAUCUGCUGUCAUUUCAAAGACUGAUAUUAAUAUCUAUAAAGUCGCUUCAAUUGUUCUACCAGACGAUGAAAACCAAUUAUAACAUUGGAUUUAUUCUAACUUCAAAAUUGAAUCGACUUUCGUUGGAAAGGCUGUUUGAUGAGAUAAGGAGCUGGGAAGGGGUAAAUGCGUACGAUCCUUCUCCGAUGCAUGUGAUGUACAGAUUAAAGAUAGUGAUGCUAGGCAGAUCGCCAGGUCUUGUUCGGAUGAGCUUAAAUCGUUUACAGAACGACACUGCUGAAGAGUAUCUUUCUAGUAGCGUGCUUCAGCAAACGAGCGUGACCUCGCAAGAAGAAUCAUUCGAUGAAAUUGAUGAUUUAGAACUUCCGUUAACACCUUGCACUGCUAAUCAAGGCGUGUUAGACGACGAAGAUGAAUUAAUGGACACAACCAGGUUAUCAGAGCAAUCCGACAAAACUAAUGAACCACCAUGUAACAAAGAGCAACCCCGAUGUAAUGGUGUAUUACCUGAAUCAAGUGAGGAAACUCCUGCUAAUAAUCCAUCAAUUACCAAAUCUGCCACGCGUGGAACAGAAGAGGACGAAGUAAUGCAGAUAUCUAACUGGUUGGCAGAGUGUGAUAAUACAAAAACAAGUAAUGGAAUUCAGUUACCGGAAACGCAAGACCCUCCCCCCAUGUCUACUAAGCAGAAUUCGUCUACCACUGAUAAAUUGGAAAACGAAUUGGCGCCCUCUACUGAACCCCAACAGGGAAGCGCCAAAAUCACAGCACAAGAGAAGAUACGAUCACCAACCCCAUCCACUAACAAUCACUUGAUACUCGCACACCAAAGUGAAGAAAAUCGAUUAAUUCAUCUGUCUGGUUGGCUGGCAGGUAAAUUUAAAAUGCAGUAUCCCGAUUUGGGGACAAGUGCCAAUGGAGGCUGGGACCACGAUUUUGUGGAGUGCACGAACAACGAACGGUGCGGGGGCUUAGCGGAGCCAUCCCUCAAAUUAAUAAAGAACAUUAGAAUUAUAGAACAUUUAUUUAGCAAAUUAAAUAAGCACGGGUUUCCCAAUAAGAAAAAUGUUGCGAAAAUUCUCUUGUUUCAUUGUCAAGAUAAGGUUGAUUUACCCGAUGAGGUCAUUGAGGAGUAUGUUAAGCGGAGGCUAGAUUUAGAAAAUUAAGUAUGGUGUAUAAAAUAAAAACUGAA